AGUAAAGUCUGCAGCUGGUGAGAGAGUUGCUAAGCUAAGCAUUCCAACCUCCCCAACUUUUUAAUACAUGCAUGUGUAAUGUAACCAUGUGCAUGGAUUAUCAAUAUUCCUCCAACAUCAACCAAUAAGAUAAGACUCCAUACUCUAUUUCUUCUUCCUCUGUUCUCUUAUAUAUAUAUAUAUAUUUCUGUCUUUCUUCGUUCUUGGUUUGAGGAAAAGCAGCUCUCACCAUGGAGAAUGAAACAAGGAAGAGGAGGAUGGAGAAUAUUGAAGAACCAGAGAAAGGAAAAGGAUUAGAAGAUGAUGAAGAAAAGAUGGAGAAGUUCUUUGCUUUAAUUAGAAGCUCAAAAGAGAUAGCUGAUCAAAUGAGAAGAGGCUCUAAUGGAUCCAGAGAGAAAGAGGACAAGAAAGCUGAGCCAGCAGCACCAGCUUGGCAUCCAUCAUUUCAACCAGAAGAUUUUAUAAAAGACUUUAAGGAUAAUAAAGCAGGACCCUCAAAGGUAGAAGAAGGAGAAAAAGGACAUCAGAAGAAAGAAGUAGAAGAAGAAGAAAAACUAGACCUAAAUCUCUCUUUGUAACUUGUAGGGAUGUGUAAGUCAACUACCAACUGUAAUUUCAUUGCUUUAGAGAUAACUACAGGGUCACUUUCUUUUGCAUGUUGAAAAAACUUACUGCUUUUAUUUCCAUUAGUUGGAUUAAUCUUCUGAUAUAUGCUAAACAACCAACAAAGAGUCUUCAACUA